CUUCUUUUACUGUAGACGGAACAACCUUGGCUCUCUGCUUCCCAGUAUAGGUAACAAUUUCUCUGAUUGGGUGAGUGUGAUUUUUCCAAGCCAUUUUCAAGCAACAAGGUUUUGCCACGAACACCUAAUUUCUGGCUCUUCUGGUUUUUGUGGGCCACAAAGGGAAAGAAAAACAGUGACUGUGAACAUGGGUGUGCAGAAAUAAACCAUAACAAUUAAUUUAAAAAUAAAUAGAAGAUAAAUAUCCAGUCAAAUGGUAACAAUGGAAAAAUAAAAAAUAAAAAACUAAUCACGUGUGGGUGCAUGGACUUGAGAGAGACAGGACGUUUGUUUGAUACUUUAUUUUCUUCGUAUGACUGGCUACGUCUGCGUAGAGAAGAAAUAAUAAGAUAUUGAUGAGUGGCCAGAGGCAAAAGCAGAAAAGGGAAAAAUUUCCCACCCAAGGAUCUUAUGGAGGAUGAGCGUGAAAUUUUUGUUUUAUGCCAAGUUUUCUUGUUCUCAAUCCUUGUGCAUUCUUAUCUUUAAGAAAGAAAAUCAUAGAAUAGAAUAAUAUAUGAUUCAGAUUUUGCAGUGGGUUUUAGUGGUGAAGAUGAAUCAGUCCACCAAAAUCAUGCCUCCAUGAUUGAGAUGUUGACCUUAACUAAACGAACAAAAUUCUCCUACUGGAAAAUUAGACCAGUUUGUACACGUGUGUUUGGGUCUACCAUCUUACCUAACUCUGAAAACUUUGGUUCAUGUCCCUACCUAUUUUACCACCUUCACAUUUAUCUCAGUUUCCAUGCUUCAAAGCUUCUGUUUCUGCUUCGCAAUUACUCCAUCUUUUCUACAAAACAUUCUCUUUCUUUCUUUCUUUCUUUCUUUCUCUAAUUCUUGUUUCAUUCACCCUCUGCUUACAGGUACUCAUGAUUAAAUUACAUCGGCUUAUCUUCUGAACACAUAGAUGCCAACACAAUAUGCUGUUGUAAUGUUUUUUUCUUAUAAUUUUUUUGUCCGAUAAACCAUCAUUACAUCAGCUAAUCUUUUUAAUAGCCAGGCACGCAAGCAAGAAUCUUUUUCUCUAACUAACAUAUGAUACAUUUUCCAUAAAAAUAAUAAUGAAGCGUGAUUUUAUUUCCAGAGCUUGUAGACCUUAAGGAACGAAUCACCCAAGUCAAGGAAAUGAGAUACGAAAAAAUACACAUGGAAUGGAUGAUAAGAAUAAGAAACUGACAUAAACUCUAACAGAUUCAAUUCUUUAUUUCUUUGUGUUCAUAAAAGUUUUCCUUGUAUGACUUCAUCUCUCUUUCUUUUUUCCCCCUUUCUGUUCUGUAGCCUCAAAACGGCACUCCGAUUCAAAACGGCAAAAAACCACCCACGUACUUUAUUACACAGUACACGAAAAACCCAAAAACGCCAUCCCUUGCAUGCAAAAACAUAACAUGGGAAGGAACAUAGACUUGCAUAUGUUCAAAGAUUCCUCUUGAAGUGGGUGCUCAUUUUUGGUUUUGUAGAAUUUUCCUAACAAUAUAUGCUUGUCUUAGAAAGAAUAACUUAAAAUAUUUAGGCACAACCUAGUAUCCUUGCUAGUCUGAUUUACCCUUUGUGGGCAAAUUUGGAUCCUUGUGAUUUCCAUUCCCAAAAUCAGCAUUGCAAAUUGCAAUAGCUGUUAGAUUUGACAAGGACCCACCAAAGCCCUUCAACACAAAGUGCUAAAAAAUAUUAUUUAUAUCAUCAUCCCAUCCUGUAGUGCCAUGACCACCACAUCCUCUUUUUCUCUCUAUACCAAUUGUUCACUGCUAAAAGAUAAGCAAGUUAUGGGUUGCAAUUUUUGUACUUAAGACAAUUUGAACCCAACUGCACAUUGACAACUCUUUCUCUUUCUCUCUCCUUGUCCAACUUUCUUUCUUUCUUUCUUUCUCCACAGCUUAUUGAUACCAUUAGGCCUUAACCCUUUCAUUUUCUAAGGUUGGAACCACAUGUAGACCCAAAAAUUUAAGAAGAAAGUUUCAGAUUCAGAAUCAGAUCUUCUUAUUAGUAUUUCUUGCAGUUUCUGUGAAUUAUGGAGACCAAACAGCAUGGAGACACUAGAGAAAUAUUUGUGGACAAGCAUGAAGAUAUCAAGUUAAAACAAGGAGACCUACCACCAGCCAAGCAACAGGCAGCCACUAUAUCCCCUGCCUCACCACCUUCAGCUUCUUCCUCUCCUUCUCAUGAAUUCUCCUUCACAAUCUCUCUCCAUUCUUCCUCUAUACAAUUCCCAGAUAAGGCCAAAGCCUCUCCUCCUUCAUUUGCUAUUGAUCUGUCUCCUGCAGAUGACAUUUUCUUCCAUGGCCACUUGCUUCCUCUCCAUCUUCUCUCUCACCUUCCUGUCUCUCCUCGAUCAUCCACCAAUUCGACGGACAGCUUUACCCUCCCCAUCAGAGAAUUAUUAGAUGAUAAAAAGUCCAACAGGAAUAACAACAACUCCAGCACCAGCCAUGGAAAUAGCAGCAACGUCAAGAACAAUAACAAUAGCAGCUGCAUUAAAACAAAUCAACAACAAAGCAGCAACUGGGAGACAAAGGCUAGAAGCAAGCCUAAGGCUUUCUCUUUUUUCACUCGGCGAAAAGGAUGUGAAGUUAGAGAAUCAGAAGGUAAAGAGAAGCAAAAGAAGAAGAUGAGAUUCGAAGUGAGUCAUAUACUAAAAAGGUACGUGAGAAUGGUUAGGCCAUUGUUGUUCUUCAAAGGAAGAAGACAGAAGAAUCAUCCCCAUAUCCAGAGGCAACCCCAUUCGUUUUCAGGCAAUUUAAGCUUGAGAAAUAAGCAGGAGUUGGAAGGAAGGAGAGGAGAAUUUUCUGCGCCAGCUUCCAUGAGAACAUCUCCAACAAACAGUGGCCUUCUUGUAGCAACGGCAACCCUUCCUUCUUCUACUAGUGAUAGUACCAUGGAGGAAUUGCAGGCUGCAAUUCAAGCAGCAAUUGCUCAUUGCAAGAAGUCCAUUGCCUCUGAAGAGAAGGUCAAGUGCUAAGCAAUAUUGGAAUUUUAUUUUCCAAUUUUUCGUACUCAAUUUCUAUUACUAUUUGUUGUACGCCUAAGUAUGAAGUGGUAUAUAUAUUACAUAAAUUAAUAGGAAAAAAAAUUGAAACUUGUAAUAUUUAAGAUGGUUUUGAAUUUGGAGGAUUAUUAUCA